UGGGCGCAUGCGCAGGAGGUGACAUGAGUGGCUCUGCGGCGGGAAGUGCGACUCGGUUGGGCGGAGGAGGGAUGUCUUCGCCGAAGCGGUAAUGAGCAAUGCAGGCAGAGGCUGCAGGUAAUUUGUGGCUGACUCAUGUCAUCAGGAGACGUGACUUUGACUGUUCGACUAGUCCGUUCAUUUGAGCACCGUAAUUUCAAACCUGUUGUCUACCAUGGUGUUAAUCUGGACCAGACUGUAAAAGAGUUUAUUCAGUUUGUGAAGAAUGAUGUGGCACUAAGGACUACACUUCCACCUCCUUUUAAAAAGUACAAAUAUGACACAAUGAAGAUCAUUCAUCAGGCACAUGGCUCUAAGACCAAUGAACUCGUCGUCAGUUUAGAAGAUGAUGACAAACUGAUGUUGGCAGAGGACAGCACCCUGAAAGCAGCGGGAGUAGCAAAUGAAACAGAGCUAGCAUUUUUCUGCAUGGAUGAUUAUAGAAAAUAUAAAGCAAAUCCUAUUGCAACCUGGUGAAGACUUUGAAACUCGGAAGAAAUACAUUUAAAAUCUGUAUUGUUUUGAAAGGUCUUAAAAUUGUUAAGGGAGGGGAUAGUUGUCUAUUCUGAUGAAGCCAGAAGUAGAUAUAUGUGUAUGUGUCCAGGAGGUGAUGGCAGUUCCAAAACCUGUAACCCAUUCUUUGUUUUUUUCUUGAAAUGAAGAACUUUCCAAUUCUGAAGACAUCACCCAUGACCCUGAGAUGUGGAAGCCCUUGAGGGAGGUUUCCAAACUUUCUUCAGUUUUUAUUUUUUAGUUGUUUUGUUUGUUCCCCAUUGUAAUCAAUAAAUAUUAUUAAUUCAGAUGUUA